AUGACACCCAUUGAGACCGAUGAAGAUGUCAAGUCGAUGUUUCAAUGUCAUAUAACAUUAUCUCAAUUACCCACCAUUGAGAUAUAUGUUCGUCUAGUCGAAAAUCUUGAAGAACAACCGAGUCACAAUGAAAAUGUUGAAGAACAACCGACUCACAAUGAAAAUCUCUGUUAUCCAACACAAUCUGUACAGUCACACGAUUACAGAAUGAGUCAAGCCAUUGACGAAGAACCGACUCAAAAUAAUGAACCUUUCAUACCAAAUGAAGAGGUAGGCGAGAAUAGUGAGGAUGAUCUUGAGGAGGUUAGAUUUGAAGAUCUAUUUGGUGUUAGCGAUGAUGAUGGCAAUGAAGACAUCUUCGAUACACCGACCGUUGCACUAAGAGUGCAACCAAUUAGUUUGUACAACCCACCUGUGCACAUGCAAAACAUAAGUUUGGAUGAUGCUGAACUAAUCUCCGUUUUCGGAAGUUUCAUACCAACUCACAAUGCUGACGAAAUAGAGGAGGGCAUCGAGUAUGAAAAUAAGGAAGAGUGUGUUCUGGCGUUGCAACAAUGGCAUAUAAAACAUAGUCUAGAUUUUUCUGUGGUUAAAUCUGACAAUGUGAAGGUUAUCAUCACUCAUGUUGCUGAGAAAUACAGGUAUAUCAUAUCCUAUAAAAAGGCAUGGAUUGCAAAGUGUAAGGCAAUUGAGUCGCUGUAUGGAAAUUGGGAGACAUCUUACAACGAUCUGUCGCAGUGGAUACUGGUUGAUGGAACAUGGUUGUAUGGCAAGUACAGAAGGACUCUAUUGAUGGAUGUGGCACAGGAUGGGAACGAGAACAUAUUUCCGAUAGCGUUCGCAUUGGUUGAAAGUGAGACCAAGGAAGCUUGGAGUUUCUUUCUUAAGAAUUUAAGAAUACACGUUACCCCCCAAGCAAAUCAGUGUCUAAUAUCAGAUAAGCAUGAAUCGAUAAAGAGUGCAUAUAACAAUCCGGAAAAUGGAUGGCAGUAUCCUCCAUCAUCACACGUCUAUUGCAUUAGACUCAUCGCGCAAAACUUCAUGCGUGAGAUUAAAGACAAGGAUCUGCGCAAAAUAAUUGUUAACAUGGGUUAUGCGUUAAUAGAGGCAAAAUUUAACUACUAUCAGGGGGAAAUCCGAAGAACAAACAACGACGCUUUAUCAUGGAUAGACAACAACCCUCAGGAGAAGUGA